GCCUGACUGAGCAGAGAAAGGGAAAUGGCGGCCGGCGGCGGCGGCUUAGCCUGAUCCGGAGGAACGCCGGAGUGUGAGGAGCUGCCGGGCGGUGCAGGCGGGGGCGGCCUGGAGGACAGGCGGCGGAGAGCUGCAGGGACAGGGGCGCCCGUCUAGGACAGAAGCCAGAUCCCGGGCUUACCGGCCGCCGCUAACAACAUGGUGAAGACCCGGCGGAGCGCCCUGCAAGGGCCGGACGGGAGGUUCAUCUCAUCCCGGACCCGCUCCGGACAGAGCCGGCUCUCCAGCAGGACAGCACCGGCCAAGAAAGAGGCCUGCAGCGACGCCAGCUUGAGUGACAGUCAGCUAUCUCCUCCAGCCAAGCGAGCGUGUAACCAUGCCGAGCCUGUCCGGAAAGAGAGCCCAAAACCUCGUGCUGCCAAACAGCGGGAGGGAUGGAGCAUGUCAACCAGGAGAUCCAGGUUAUUAUCUCAGUCUGGUGCUACUUUACCAAACAGCCACAGCAGUCUGUCUCUUAAAAGCCGCCGCGUGGAGAAGGAGGGGAACGUCGACCAUUCCUGUAUUAAUGGCGGUCGAGAGGUCAGACGAAGCUGCCGGUCGAAGAGCAAUAGAUUUGAAAGCUUGAACCAGAGUCUGCUGUUUGAUCAGCUUGUGAACAGCACUGCUGAGGCGGUACUCCAGGAAAUGGACAAUAUCAACAUCCGGAGGGGCAGUAAAUCCAGAGAGGUGGAGCGGCUGCGCAUGUGGACUGACACCGAAUUUGAAGAAAGUGUUCUUUCUAGUGCCACCGAUGGCUGUCCUCCUGAAGGAAGAAAACCGACUUGUGUGCUUUUCCCGGGAGCAUUGCCUGAGAAUAUGGACAUGUAUUCGCGUGUAAAGGGAAGGAGGAAAAGCCUGAGAAGAAACAGUUACCCAAUCAAAACUCGCCAUGAAGAGUCCUCGGAGGGGGAGGAGGAGGAGGAAGAGGAGGAGGAAGAGGAGGUUUCUGAAGAAUCCCAUGAAGAAGGUGAAGACGGGGAUGAAGAAGCUGAGGUUGAAGGAGAAGAGAACGAUCGGCCGUAUAAUUUAAGGCAAAGAAAAACUGUGGAAAGGUACCAAGCUCCUCCUAUUGAGCCAGCACAUCAAAAAAAACGACAAAGCACUUUGUUUGAUACUCACAGAUCUCCUGCAAGAAGAAGCCAUAUCCGACGAAAGAAGCAUGCUAUUCACAGCAGUGAUACAACUUCCUCCUCCGAUGAAGAACGGUUUGAGAGGAGGAAGUCCAAGAGCAUGGCCAAAGCGAGGAAUAGGUGUCUACCCAUGAACCUCAGACCUGAUGAUCUAGCCAGUGGCAUCUUGCGUGAACGGGUAAAAGUUGGUGCCAGUUUGGCUGAUGUAGACCCAAUGAACCUGGAUCGAUCAGUUCGCUUUGACAGCGUUGGAGGUCUGAGCCAGCACAUUUAUGCAUUAAAAGAAAUGGUAGUUUUCCCCCUUUUGUACCCUGAGAUCUUCGAGAAGUUUAAAAUUCAACCUCCUCGGGGAUGUUUAUUUUAUGGCCCCCCUGGGACAGGGAAAACAUUGGUUGCCCGAGCCCUUGCCAACGAGUGCAGUCAAGGGAACAGGAAGGUCUCUUUCUUCAUGCGCAAAGGUGCCGACUGCCUCAGUAAGUGGGUGGGCGAGUCUGAGCGUCAGUUGCGGCUUCUGUUCGAUCAGGCCUAUGUGAUGAGGCCAUCCAUCAUUUUUUUUGAUGAAAUCGAUGGGCUGGCUCCAGUACGCUCCAGUCGACAGGAUCAGAUACACAGUUCUAUCGUGUCUACCUUGCUUGCCCUCAUGGAUGGGUUGGACAAUCGUGGCGAGAUGAUAGUUAUUGGUGCUACAAACAGACUUGAUUCUAUAGAUCCAGCACUCAGGAGACCUGGUCGAUUUGACAGGGAAUUUCUUUUCAGUUUACCUGAUCAGAAGGCAAGAAAGCACAUUUUACAGAUCCACACCAGGGACUGGAAUCCCAAAUUGUCUGAUGCGUUCCUAGAGGAACUAGCAGAAAAAUGCGUUGGCUACUGUGGAGCUGACAUUAAAGCACUUUGCACUGAGGCUGCCUUGAUUGCCCUUCGCCGGCGCUAUCCCCAGAUCUAUGCCAGCAGUCAGAAGCUACAGCUGGACAUUUCUUCAGUUGUUCUUGGUGCCCACGAUUUCUACCAUGCAAUGAAAAAUAUUGUGCCUGCUUCUCAACGUGCUGUGAUGUCUCCUGGGCACGCUCUCUCGCUUGUCAUAAGGCCGUUGCUCCAGAGGACCUUUUCGGACAUACUCUGCGCCCUGCACAAAGUGUUUCCUCACGCUGAGUUCAGCAGAGACCACAAGAAGGACGACGACGCAAGCCUCCUCCUUGAAGACAGCGAGGACGAGAGCCCGUUGUCCAUAUUUGAUGUGAGUUCUGUCUCAGGAUCACCAAAGAAACAGCCAGCUGCUCCCCACAAGCCCUUCCUCCACUUUACAACUUCAGCUCGUCACCAGCCGACCUCUUACCGGCCCAGGUUUCUCCUGUGUGGGGAGCCCGGCUCAGGCCAGACCUCGCACCUUGCUCCAGCUGUGUUGCACAUUCUUGAAAAGUUCUCUGUGCAUAGAUUGGACCUACCAGCACUUUACUCAGUCAGCGCUAAAACUCCUGAGGAGUCUUGUGCCCAGGUAUUCCGGGAAGCUCGGAGAACAGUACCCAGUGUUGUUUACAUGCCACAUAUUGGCGACUGGUGGGAGGCUGUCAGCGAAACUGUGAGGGCUACAUUUCUGACGCUCCUGCAAGAUAUCCCCUCGUUCUCUCCUAUAUUACUACUGUCUACCUCUGAAAUUGUGUACGGGGAGCUGCCGCACGAGGUGAAGUGUAUUUUCAGGGCUCAGUAUGAAGAGGUUUUUAACAUUUCCAGACCUAGUGAAGACGACCGGCUAAAAUUUUUCCAAGAUUUGAUUCUCCAUCAGGCUGCUAUGCCCCCUCCAAAAAGGAGAAAAGCUGCAUUGCAGUCAUUGGAGGUCCUGCCCCCUGCCCCUUCGCCCCCUGCAAACCAGCUUUCUGAGGUGGAGAAGCAAAGGAUGGAAGACCACGAGGAAAACACUUUGAGGGAACUGAGGCUGUUCCUUAGGGACGUCACCAAGCGACUGGCCACCGAUAAGCGGUUUAACAUCUUCAGCAAACCGGUGGAUAUUGAAGAGGUGUCCGAUUACCUCGAAGUCAUUAGAGAACCCAUGGACCUCUCCACCAUAAUGACCAAAAUCGACAAGCACCAUUACAUGACUGUGCGGGACUUCCUAACGGACGUGGACCUGAUCUGCAGCAACGCCUUGGAAUACAACCCUGAUAAAGAGCCGGGAGAUAAGAUUAUCAGGCACCGCGCCUGCACUUUGAAAGACACCGCACACGCCAUCUUCGCCGCUGAACUGGAUCUGGAGUUCAACAAACUGUGUGAGGAGAUUAAAGAAGCUCGCACCAAGAGAGGCUUGUCGGUGACCACAGAGCAAAUAAAUCCCCAGAGUUUGGUGGCUCGGAAGGCGGAAGCCGGAGCGGAGGACGUGUUCCGGAAUAAGCACAGGAUUGCGCUGGACAUGGCAAAUCAUUCUACCUCCAAAUGUCCAUUUCCCAUCCGGAAGAAGCACCGCCGGCGCUCUCAGUGGGGCAGAGGAAUAAUUAGGAAAAAGAAAUCCACUUACUUAAAGAAGGACGACGAAGAUUCCAAGUUUCAAGACGACGAAGACAAUGAGGAUCCCUUGGAGAAUGGAGACUGUCUCGAGGAGAACGGAGACGAGACAGGAGAUCACUCGGUGACCAACGAUGAGUCCUCCUGUGACAUUAUGGAUGGAGAGGUGGACCACCAGAAUGGGACCCUUGAAAAGGGCAGCAGCUUUGUGUCCACCGAGGAGGACACCUCAAACGAAUCCAUGUUGGUCAAUAACGAUGUAGCAUUGAAGGAGAGAACAGUUACUUGCAAGGAUCCUCCCCUUGCUGCAGACUAUGUAAAUGGCUGUGCAUCAAUGGACAGUAUAGAAAGCACACCACUGUCCGAUAUCCAUAAUGGAAAUGCGAAAUCCGGUAACCUCGAGACUACAGACAAAGGCUCUGAAUCGGGAGCCCCCCACGAUGAACUAGUAAACUGCUGUGAUGCAGCAAGUGCAGGUCAAGAUGCAGCACCACAGCAAACGGCAGCAGCCAAUCAAAGUAACGAGCUUGAGAAAGAUCCGGACAUUGUGGAAUUAUUAGAUGUACAAAGAGGUGAAGCGGAGGGCACGAGACCACUGACCGAUCAGCACCUGGAGGAAGUGCUGGCCCCAGAGCCACCGCUACUUGUGGAUCACAAGAGACUCGAGAGUUUGCUUGACAAAGUGGUAAAAAAGAGUGACAAUUUAACAGUCGACGAACUAGAACGAUGGUACUCUGCUCUCAGCCAGUGCAUCUACACACACAGGACGGACUAUGAUAAAACAAGUCUAAUAGAGGAGAUGGAAAGAACAGUUGAUAAAUUUCUUACAUUCCUGUGAAAGCUGCCAAAACGGCAACACCUAUUCUGUGACUCCUCCCGAGAGUGCAGUCCUCCGAGCUAUUUUAUUCCUAGUGGCACCAAGUUCUGCUCUGAGCCUCGCUCUCCAUUGUUCAACCUCUCACCAUCUGCUGUUUAAUGGGAUUGGUGCUAUUGUCUCAGGUACCUGAUGCCAACCAGCCUACUAGAACCAAACAGAACUUCAUGUCGCAAGUGGACAAAAUGGGGGGGGAAAAAACUCAAAAUUGAAAAGAAAAAAAAAAAACACAAAAUGAAAAAAAAAAAACACAUCUUGAAGAUUUGAGGUGCUAGUGGCGGAUGAAUGACAAGUCCACCCUUCUGUCUACACUCUGAUGCUAGAAAGCCAUCUGCACCAACUACCUUCUCUUCUUGUGAGAGAUGGGGGAUCAAAUCCAUGGGAUGGAACUAAAAAAAAAAAAAAAAAUCUAAAAGACCGAAUCAUACAGGAGCCAGGAAUUUGGGCUUAUUUAUUUCUCUUUUUUACGUCUCGUUUUGUGUUCUCGCUCCCUGAACCAUUGAUUAUAUUAUUUUUUUUGU